UUGUAUAAACUCCUGGACAUUGCUAGAAAAGCCAACUGCAAGAUUCUGAACGGGAAAAAUGGAACAUAGCAAUUCAGAACAUCUGCUGCCUCCGAUACCCAGGCUGUAGUACCAGACGCUUUCGUUGACAGCGGUGCCGAGAAACAGAUGAUAACAACUUCCAAAAUUCCUGGCCCAUCCAGACGGAAUAACGGGCACUCGGAGAAAAGGGACAGCCAAGGAAUUGAAUGUAUCGGGAAGAGUGUUAAGAAAAAUGGCACGUCUUCCUCCGUGAAGGGAGCCAUACAGCUGGGCAUUGCACACACCGUGGGUGGAAUUGGUCAGAGAGCUGACCGGGAUGUGCUGAUGCAGGAUUUUUAUGUGGUCGAGAGUACUUUCUUUCCUGGACAGGGUUGCAGCUUGACUCCGGCACACCACUACGGUGAUUUUCAUUUCAAGACCUACGCCCCUUUUGCAUUUCAGUACUUCAGAGAACUUUUUGGGAUUAGUCCAGUUGACUACUUGUACGCCUUGUGCAACGAGCCAUUGAUUGAGCUGUCUAAUCCAGGUGCUAGUGGCUCAGUGUUCUUCGUCUCCAGCAAUGACGAGUUUAUUAUCAAGAGCGUGCAACACAAGGAGGCAGAGUUCUUGCAGAAGCUUUUGCCAGGAUAUUACAUGAACCUGAACCAGAACAAGUGCACCCUACUUCCCAAAUUCUAUGGGCUGUAUUGUAUGCAGACUGGUGGAAGAAAUAUUCGUCUUGUGGUCAUGAAUAACUUUCUGCCAUGUUCUGUAUGCAUGCACCUUAAAUAUGACCUCAAGGGCUCGACCUUCAAGCGGCGGGCGUCUUCCAAGGAGCGAGAGAAAACACUGCCCACUUUCAAAGACCUGGACUUCAUGAAAGACAACCCUGACGGGCUUUUCCUGGAUUCUGAUAGGCACAACGCCCUCUGCAAGACCAUCCAGCGAGACUGCCUAGUACUGCAGAGUUUCAAGAUCAUCGACUACAGCCUCUUGGUAGGAAUUCAUAUCCUAGAUCAGAUGCAACCAGAAAAAAUGACAGAAAUGGUCGAGGGCAGCAGUAGUCCACAAGAAGAAUGCGAGUCCACUAGACAAAAGGUGCAUUAUUCCAAGAUAAAGGAUUUGGUCCAGAAAGAUGGCUGUGCUGGGGGAAUAAUUGAGACCAAAGACAAAAGGCGAGGUAUCCCAGCAAAAAAUUCCAAGGGAGAGCAACUGCUGGUCUACAUCGGCAUCAUCGAUAUCCUUCAGUCAUACAGGCUGGUAAAGAAGUUGGAGCAUUCCUGGAAAGCACUUUUCCAUGAUGGGGACACCAUUUCAGUCCACAGACCAGGUUUCUAUGCCGAGAGGUUUCAGAAGUUCAUGUGCACUAAAGUCUUCAAGAAGAUCCCGGCAGAAACCCUCCCUUCCAAGAAAAAGCCACGUAAAGGACGGAGUGGGAGCAGGAACAUUACAGACGAAGAGGCAAGCACAUCAGCUUCUAUAUAUUUACUCCGUUCAGCUCGUACCAGUAAAGAAGUUAACUACAUUAACAACCAGUCAGAUGCAGCCAAAAGAGAAAGAGAGACAAAGCAGAAAGAUGUCUCCAUCAAUUCUGAUCCGGUGGACCUCUCCAGUAGAACAUGCAGCCAGGCAACCAGCUCUCCUUGUAGCUCCAGUAGUUUCCAGGUAGACAUUAUGAAAAGGGAAGGGGGAUUGGAGCAGGAAGUCUUCGCAACCUUAUCUACUCUGGUAGACCCAUCAUAUGGACCAACCAACCGGACCACUGGCUCUCUUAUGUGCUCUGCUGAUGUUGAGCCAUGCAUAGCAGAAGGAGGAGGAGAAAAGGAAAGCCUCAGAACCCAAUCUGCUCCAGUCAUCUCAUCCUUUGGAUCAAGCAACACCAUGAUAGAGGAGGCUUCAUUUCUGAAGAGGAUGAUAGGAUUUUAAUUUUAUACACAAUUCCUAAACAGGUUGCCCACAAAGGUGCAUUCUUUUUUUCUAUCUCUGGAAGAAGUGAUAACUCAGAAAUGGCUAAACUGAUGUGGGCCCCUAAUACGCACCUUCUGGGUGGGAAGGAACUGCACUCUGCUGGACAAUAGAACAGCUAAACUGAAGCUACAAUUCAAAGGUCUCCAAAAAGUUAAUAACCUAAAAUUAUAAAAUGGAUGGUUGAAAGCAAAGGUUGGUGUGAUUCGUUAUCUUUGUUUUUUUGUCCU